AUCAUCGUCUCCAUGUGGAUGUGCUGCGUUCAGCAGGUUGCUGCUCUGUGAAGGUUAAUGUACUGAUGUGUUGUCCAGUCUGAGCUUUAUAACAUCUGAACAUCAUCUAAAGGAUGUGAGGUUUAUGUAGCUUUUCUGGUUGUUUUUUGUUCCUUAAUAUUUGCUUCGAUUUUUUGAGCUGCUUGCUAAGAUUUUGUUGACUGAUUAUGUCCAUAAAUAAUGGAACGACAAACAAAUUGACUGUUUUUCUACUUUAGUUUUAAAAUGAUGGUUCCACAUUCAUCCGUUGUGCGUUGCAGAUAAAAGGCCUUUCCAACCGAGGGCCUGGGCUGCAGAUGCUAAUGAUGCUGGGUAGAUGCUGAAGAUGAAGCGUUUUGCUGAAGGGCAGCCGACCUUGGCAGGAGGAAGCAGGAACUGAACCCAGAACGUUCAGAAUCUGAGCCACAAUCAUCUUAAUCUGAGACGUUUAGCAGCAGGUUUCCAACGUCGGGUUCAAUUAUUUUAGAGGAUUUGAUGAACUUUGUUGGCAGAACCGUUCCAGCCGGGUUUGAAGCCUUCUGGACCAAAAGCUGCAGGAAGCUGUUGAAGUUCAUAGCACAGAGCUGCUCGAUCAGCUCCUCCAUGUUCAGUCAUGAUAAUCAGAUAAUAUUAACCAAAAGAGCCGUUCGGGUCAAACUACUUCUGUUUUUCUCCAGUGUUGUUCCUAGGAACCGGUUCUGGUUCUGUUCGUCCUGCAGCAGGUUGCUCUGGUUCAGGUUUCUACUUGGCCCAGUCGUCCUGCAGCUGCUGCUGUUUUUCUAUCAACUGUAGAAAAAUUGACUGAAAUGUUGUGGCCUAGUCCAAGCCCGGCCCGGUUCCUGGAGUGUGAAUGACUUUCACUUCCGUGUUGUGAGCCGGUUCUGGUCUCAGUGACUCUGAUCAGACAGGAAGUGGAGAUCAGUCUCUCUGCUGCCUCACCGCAGAGCAGCAGCCCGUCUGAUGGAUCUGCUGGGGACGGUUCUGCUGCUGGUUCUGGUGGGAUCAGAGGCCCAGAACCUGGUGAAUGUUACUGUAGAACCGGGUCAGGAUGUGACUUUAAACUGCUCUGUUAACAGUAGUGACAUUUUCUGGUUCAUGAAGAUCCACAGCCAGUUCAGAGCACAAAUUGGACUUAUUCGUUCUUCAUCAACCCCUUGCUACAGCCAGUCAGACUUUAAAUCAAAGUUCUCCAUGUCUGGAAACCAGCUGGUGAUUAAAACCGUCUCUGCUGAGGACAGCAGGCUGUACUACUGUGGGAUGAGGCAGAGCGAUCAGAUGGUUUACAAAGACACCUUCAGUCUAUCAGUCGUCCCCUCGGUUCAUCCAACCACAUCCAUCCCAUCCAUCCCGUCCAUCCCGUCCAUCCCCCGGUCAUCAGCCCCUCCCUGCCCCGCAGCAGGGCGGUUCGUUCAGCCCGUCACGGCGGUUUCUCUGGGCCUCAAUGCCGUCCUGCUGGCUGCUGCUGUUGGUUUUCUUUGUGUCUAUAUAAGGAGGAACGGCUGCUGCUGCAGCAGCUGCUGCAGCUGCAGGGCGAAGGGCUCUGCAGCAUACAACAUGGAGACCGACGACAUGCAGAGCCCACAGUACGAGGAGAUCCAGCUGCCUCCCUCUCCGGUUCCGGUUCCGGUUCGGGUUUCAUCAGAGUGCAUCUACUACAAAGCUCAACAUCCCAACCCAAAGAUGCGUCAAUACUGAGUCACACCUGGACAGGUGAGCCGGUCUGAAGGGAGUCCAGGAAGUCCAGCUUCCUGCUUCUGGACGCUAUGAACUCUGGGAAAUGACCGCUGGCCGAAGGAGUCUGUAUAUGUGAGAGUAUUUAUUAGUUUCUGUUAUAGUUUUAGUUCCUGUUUCCUGUGAUUUGUUUUUGGGCCGCAGUGAUAAUAAAAACAGGAUGUCUAAAUAUCA